AUAUGAGCUAAGUUGAUUAAAAAUGAUUAAAAUGCCGUUGUUUGGAAAAUCCGUAAAAAGUCCGACAGAAGUUGUGAAACUACUGAAGGAGUCCUUGACUGUGUUGGAGAAAGGAGGGGACGGGAAGAAACAGGAGAAGGCCCAAGAAGAAGCUAGUAAACAGCUGGUUAGCAUGACAGCUAUGCUGUUCGGAACCGAGAGUGAACAGCAGUCUGAUAUUCUUGUAGCUCAGCUUUCACAGGAGAUGUAUAACUCUGGUCUGCUCCUUAUACUUCUGAGAAAUCUUCACAAAAUAGAUUUUGAAGGAAAGAAAGAUGCUGCACAGAUAUUUAAUAAUAUCCUCAGGCGGCAGAUUGGUACCAGGACCCCUACUGUAGAGUAUAUUUGUACAACACCUGAGAUACUCUUCACGUUGUGUAAAGGUGAGUGGAAAAUACAACCCCUAACUGCUCUCUUUGUUCAGGUGUUCACUCCCUACGAACAAUUAUUGAACUCUGACAACUACGUGACGAGACGACAGUCCUUGAAGCUGUUGGGUGAGCUUCUUCUGGACAGACACAACUUCUCUGUGAUGACCAGAUACAUCUCCAGCCCAGACAACCUUAAGCUCAUGAUGAACAUGUUGAAGGAGAAGGCGAGGAACAUCCAGUUCGAGGCGUUCCACGUGUUCAAGGUGUUUGUCGCAAACCCAAACAAACCAAAGCCAAUCCUUGACAUUCUGAUCCGAAACCAGGACAAGUUGGUGGAUUUCCUCUCCAAGUUCCACACGGACAGGUCCGAGGACGAGCAGUUUAACGACGAGAAAGCGUAUCUCAUCAAACAGAUUAAGGAGUUGAAACCACUUCCAGAUGACGAAUGAGAAAUAUGUUUGAAGAAAGUUGGAAGGAUAAUUAUGCGAAGGAUAUCCCAUGUUGUGACGCUGGAACCCUGAUUUCCCAGAUAUCUGCACUGUUAUUUUUCGCGCAUUUCUAACGUCAGCCCCAGAUAAUUGUGAUUUGAACCCAUGUUACUCAAAAUUGUUGCUAUGUCAAGACUUGUUUAGAUGUGUUCGUAUAUUAUAUAUAUUUGAACUGUGAAGGUUAAGCACUGAAGCAGUUUAUAUUAGAAUUAUCCUAGAGGGUGCUAUAUUUAAAUUAUAAAUGCUUGUUAAUGCAUAUAUCUUAUAGUAUCCUAUCCUGUAACCUACCAAUCUAGAUUCAGAAACAAAAUUUUAGUGUUUGACACGCAAUUGGGACUACUUAACUCUCAUUUAACGUGUCAAUUAUAUGAUUGAAAUAUGUUACUAUUAAUGCAAACCUAACGUAAAUACUUGUAUAUUCCAUUCUCUCUAUACUGUUGAGCAAAUUAUUUUAAAAUAAAUGAUGCAUGUAAG